UAUUAUAUAUCGCAUUUCCAUUUCCGGAACCUGGGUUUCUGAUUUCCCGUUGUUUAUCAGUUCGCCCUCGCCGCCGCCACCGCCACAGCUAUCACAAUUACCCUCCGAUUCAUCUCGAUCUUCGUCAUUGUCAUGAACUAACCUCUGAAUUUCAUUGGAAACUCUUCUCGAGGCGAUAUUGAUAUGGCGACAGCGCUCGUUGCGAAAACAGCAUCAACUACAAUCGGAAAAGCUUCAUCCCUAUUCAGAAGCUCAUGUAGCUUCCUGCGCAAUCUGAGCACGGCAGAGAACUCGGCUGCAGCGGCGGCGAGUGCCGAAGUCAAGAAGCCGAAGCGGAGGAAGAAGAAGAACCUGUUCGAAGUGGCUCAGUUUCUGCCAAAUUGGGGCCUCGGCUAUCACAUGGCGAAAACUCACUGGACUGGCGUCUCUUAUGAGAUAACUAAGAUCAAUCUAUACAAGGACGGAAGGCAUGGAAAGGCAUGGGGACUUGCUCACAGGGAUGGGUCACCAAUUGCGGAUGCCCCGAAGAAAAUAAGUGGCGUCCACAAGCGUUGCUGGAAAUACAUCCCGAACGUCAAAAGAAUAGCAGAAAAGGCUCCAGAACAAGAGCCACAAUCAAUCUGAUUUGAUUUGGAUUGGUUUGCUCAACUAAUCUUCCCUCCAUUUGAUCCGUUGCAAGUUCCAUAAUUUUGUUCAUGUAGCUUUGAAAUGUUGUGCAAUUUUUGUCGAUCUACUUACCCUACAAGCUACUAUAAUCCUCCUAUGUGUGCCUCCUGCCAAUAAAAUUUAGAGAUUUCUACAUAUAUAUUCCAAGUCUGUCUUUUUUGAGAACACCAUUUGUCAAGAUGUCACAUAUUCAUCCUGAAUUCAUGUUUGCAUUUCGAUAGAAAUAAAUAUAUAGCAUCACAUUGAUUCUCUGUU